AUGACUGUUCAGGUACUGAAUGGACUUAACCUGACAGUGAAAUCUGGUCAGACAGUUGCACUGGUAGGACAAAGUGGGUGUGGUAAAAGUACAAUGGUGCAGCUGCUGCAGAGACUGUAUGAUCCACAAGAUGGAGAGAUUUUGGUUGAUGGCCAUGAUAUACGGUCUCUGAAUAUUAAACGGUACAGAGAAUUAAUCGGUGUGGUCAGCCAAGAGCCUGUACUUUUUGGAACCACAAUUAAAAACAACAUUAAGUAUGGAAGGUUAGAUGUGACCGAUGAAGAAAUUGAGAGGGCAGCUAAAGAAGCCAAUGCCUAUGACUUCAUUAUGGAGCUUCCUGAUAAACUUGAAACCUUAGUUGGAGAAAGAGGAGCCCAGCUAAGUGGUGGCCAAAAGCAGAGAAUAGCUAUAGCUAGAGCCUUGGUCCGAAAUCCUAAAAUACUCUUACUGGAUGAGGCUACUUCAGCUCUGGAUACUGAGAGUGAAUCAGUUGUACAAGCUGCCCUAGACAAGGCUAGUGAGGGUCGUACUACAAUUGUCAUUGCCCAUCGUUUGAGCACUGUGUGGGCAGCAGAUCUCAUUGUUUUGUUGGAGAAUGGUGCUUUGGCUGAAAAAGGAACUCAUUCUGAAUUAAUGGAAAAUAAAGGAAUAUAUCAUUCACUCGCAACAGCUCAGUCCAUACAGACAACAGAAGAAAGUGAAAUGGGACAAGAGACUCCGGAGAAGCCAUCUUUAGUACAGAGGAUACAUUCCAAUAUGUCAACUGGAAAAUUUUCCAUGUCUGAAAAUGAGGAGGAAGUUGUUUUUUCAGAGGAUGAAGAGGAGAAAAAGCUUCCAAAAAUUUCGUUUUUCAGACUACUUAAACUGAAUAAAUCAGAGUGGCCUUACAUCUUGUUUGGAACCCUUGCAGCGGCCAUAAAUGGAGGGGGCCAUCCAGCAUUCUGCAUUUUAUUUGCCAAAGUCAUAACCAUAUUUGGAACGAAUGAUGAUGUAUGGAUCCAGCAUCAAAUUAACAUUUACUGCCUUAUACUUACCAUGAUUGGUGUGGCAUCCUUCUUUACAUACUUUACACAGGGAUUUAUGUUUGGAAGAUCAGGGGAAGUCCUCACUAUGCGCCUGAGACAGAUGGCAUUCAAAGUAAUGUUGCGCCAGGAAAUAUCCUGGUUUGAUAACAAGAAAAACAACACAGGAGCUUUGACAACCCAACUUGCCACUGAUGCUGCUCAGAUACAAACUGCAACUGGCCCCAGACUUGGCUUAAUUGCAGAAAACUUUGCUUGCAUGGUUCUCUGCAUUGUAAUUGCUCUAGUUUUUGGCUGGGAGUUGUCCUUGCUGGUUCUAGCACUUACUCCUGUUCUUCUUACUUCUGGAUUUCUUGAGUUCAGAGCACUGACUGGCUUUGCUAAUCGGAAUAAAAAGAACUUCAGCAAGCUGGAAAGAUUGCAACGGAAGCAGUGGAUAACAUCCGGACUGUUGUGUCGCUGACUAGAGAAGGAACCUUUGAAGAGAUGUACUCCGAAAGCCUACAAAAGCCCUACAGGAACUCUCAGCGUAAAGCUCAAGUGUAUGGCUUCUGUUUUGCGUUCAGUCAGUCAUUCAUACAUUUUACCUAUGCUAUAAGUUACCGUUUUGGGGCAUACUUGAUUGAAACUGGCAGGAUGAAUCAAGAAGAAGUAUUUCUUGUGUUCUCUCUCCUGGCAUAUGGUGCGACGACCGUAGGGCAAACGUUGUCAUUUGCUCCUGACUAUGCUGAAGCCAAAUCAGCAGCUUCCCACUUGUUUGCAUUGUUCAAUAGUGAGCCAAUUAUCGACAGCUACAAUGAGCAAGGGCAAAAACUGGAAAAAUGGCAAGGAAACUUAGAACUGGGUAAGGUCACCUUUAAUUAUCCAUCACGUCCAGAUGUGCCAGUGCUCCAAGAAUUGUCGAUAAAAAUAUCCAGUGGAAAAACUGUGGCAUUUGUGGGUAGCAGUGGAUGUGGGAAAAGUACUUCUAUUCAGCUCCUACAGAGGUUCUAUGAUCCCCUCCACGGGGCAGUGGUUUUUGAUAAUGUUGAUGUGAAAAAACUAAACGUCCAAUGGCUCCGAUCUCAAAUUGGCAUUGUGUCUCAGGAACCUGUGCUGUUUGACUGCAGCAUUGCUGAAAACAUCGCCUAUGGGGAUAACUCUCGUCUGGUCUCUAUGGAGGAAAUACAGGAGGCUGCCAGAGCAGCCAAUAUUCACUCUUUCAUAGAACAGCUGCCAGAGAAAUAUAACACACCAGUUGGUGGCAAGGGAACUCAAUUGUCAGGAGGUCAGAAGCAAAGAAUUGCUAUAGCCCGGGCACUUAUACGAGCUCCAAAACUAUUACUGCUUGAUGAAGCCACCUCGGCACUGGACAACGAAAGUGAAAAGGUUGUACAACAAGCUCUUGAUCAAGCAGUGUGAAAGGAAGAACCUGUAUCAUGAUUGCUCACAGACUGUCUACAGUCCAGAAUGCUGAUCUUAUUGUCGUUAUGAAGAAUGGGAAGAUAAUUGAACUUGGAACACAUCAACAACUUCUGUCAAAUCAAGGAGCAUAUUUUGAUCUUGUGAAUGCACAAACGAUAACGCUAA